CAAAGUUCAAAAGUUUAUCGUGCUAUGUUUGGAAAAAGUGAUUAAAGCAGGUAGAAUAUCACCAUGGAAUUGGUUCGAAAUAAUUAGGUAUUGAAUAUGUGCGUAAGACUGGCUAUAAUAAGCCAUUUUCAGUUCAAUGUCUUUGAUACUUACAGCCUACACAAUACGGUCAACAAGUUAAAUAUAAAUUGGACGUAAAUCGAAACAAAAGCCCAAAUUCUAAAAUUUGAAUUAAUUUCAGAAAUCGACUUUGUUUUGGAGAUAACCGCUCAAAAUCUGUUUAAUUAAUGUUCAGUGUAUUUCUAGUUAAUUAUUUCGAAUUGUUUAAGUUAAGACAUUCCCCUUGAAACGUGAAAUAUACUGCCCAGGAAAUGGGCUACUAUACACAUAUAAAGAUAUUUGAAACGUGAAUUUCAUAAAAACCAGUUGACCAAUCUGCAUCAUAUUACAAUAAUUUUAUUGCAAUGGAACUAUCGCAACGUACGGUCAUUGCAUUUUUACUGACCAUCGCAUUAUUGUCGUCUCAUCAUCUAGCCGAGUGUCAGAAAAAGAAUGCAACAAUAAAUAUAUCAACACAUGAUGCGCUUGUCGUCGUCGAACAGUUCGAAACAUUUGCAGUUCAAUUGAAUGGCCUCAUCGAUAAAGAAGUUAAUGUAACACUUAAAGUGUCACACGAAGGAUUAGUACAACUCGAACCGAAAGUGUUAAAAUUUGGUCCGAAUUCUGGUGGCUUAGCAAAUGUCAAGAUAAUUGGACAAUCGGCGGGACACGUUGAAAUCACAGCCAGCGCAAAGCCAGACGAUGCCAUUGAUACGGAGAAUCUCUUCGUUCGUGUUGUGGUGGCUGUUUCAACUGAUUUGAUAACGAUUUCAUCAGCCAUUGGUUGGUGCUAUUUUGUGGCGUGGUCAGUGUCAUUCUAUCCACAGAUUUACACCAAUUUCAAACGAAAAAGUGUAGUCGGAUUGAAUUUUGACUUUCUAUCACUGAACAUUGUCGGUUUUAUUUUGUAUGGUAUGUUUAACAUUGGACUGUAUUUGGUGCCGGAAAUUCAGGAUGAAUAUGCUCGACGCUUUCCACGCGGUUUGAAUCCAGUACAAUUGAAUGAUGUUUUUUUCGCAUGUCAUGCCGUAUUCGCCACUCUUAUCACAAUCUUUCAGUGUUUCGCUUACGAAAGAGCUGAUCAGCGUGUUUCGAUGGUUGGUCGAUCACUUUUGUCAUUGUUUGCUGUAUGCGGAGUUCUCUCAGCGGUGCUAGCUACAGUAAAAAUUAUACAUUGGUUGGACUUUUUGUAUAUUUGCAGUUACAUUAAACUAACGAUCACACUCAUCAAAUAUUUACCACAAGCGUACAUGAACUACCAAAGAAAAAGUACGAUUGGUUGGUCGAUCGGAAAUGUUUUGCUCGAUUUUACGGGAGGCACUUUGAGUAUGCUGCAAAUGAUGUUAAAUGCACACAAUUAUGAUGACUGGGUAUCAAUUUUCGGCGAUCCAACCAAAUUUGGGCUUGGACUAUUUUCUGUGAUGUUUGAUAUUCUAUUCUUGUUACAGCAUUAUGUUUUCUAUAGAAAUCUAGCUCCAUAUACGGAAAUAGUUGGCGAAAACCAUGAGCCAACGGAAAUUACGGAAGAAAAUGAUGAAGUGUCAAGCUAAACGGGCGAGCUGUAUUCAACGUUCGAUGCGAACUUUCGCUGGAGUUACCUAAAAAAACUAUUUUUAAGCUUUUGUUCAGACACUAUCUUUUGUUCGAAUAAAGACUGAAUUAUUAAAAAAACUACUUAAACUCAUCAUGA